AUGAAGACGAAGUCUGGAUUACUACCGUCUCAAGCAGUACAUGCUCAACCAAUCAAAGUUGAUAAAAAUCAAGUAAAAAUGUAUAAAAAACGCUCAGGUACUUCAGGGAUAAGCGGACAGCUGUACGAAAUGAAUUUAAUAAGUUAUACAUUAUUCGGAUUGCUUCACAACAUGAAUAUUGAAGAAUUUCAUCUUGCAUCGAAUUUAGACGAGAUCGGGGCAUUUGAUGACGUCUGUUUCAAAGUAAAAAUAAAAGCACUCGACAAAGCGCUCUUAGUUUUCAUCCAAUCUAAACACAAGGAAGGCGAUGAUAAAUUAGACUUUGACGUAAGUAAAUACUUCCCGGACAGUUAUUCACAAGUUAUUCAAAAAUUUUAUACCAGUGCAAAAUCAAAAAGCAAAGAUAAGUUAUUUACUGGCAAAUUUGAUGAUCACGAGUGUAUUUUUAUUCUGUACACCAACGCAAAAUAUAAAAAUGAUUCAGGUAUUGAAUGGACAAGCGACUAUGCUGGAGUAUUGAAUGAUUUGAUUGCUACUGGUAAAAAUGGUUCUCAGUUGAUAAGAAAUGACAAAAUUAUAGAGGAAUCCGCAGAAACUAUUUCAAAAGAAGAGAUUAAUACCCUGGCCAUACGGUUUGCAAAGUUCUUCAAUGAAAACAGCAACCAAUCAAUGAAUAUAAUGCUUGAUGAUUAUAUUUUAAGGUAUCAUGUUCUAUUAGCAAGUAAAGUUAUAGACGUUUCAGAAAUUCAAUGUGAAACUCUAAAAACAGAUUCAAAAUUUCGUAUUUUGACAUUUCGGCCGGAAUUUUUCGACACAAGCGAUAAAUACCUCGUGUUAUUGAAGAAAUCUCUUUGCAGAGUAGUAUUGAAGAAUCAAAUAAAUACAAAAGUUAAGUCCAAAACUGAAGAUGAAUCAGUAGAUGAGCCAUUAAAAGCUUUCUUCUUCAAUCCUUGUUCAAAUACAUUAAGCUCUGUGCUGGGGACUUGUAUUGAAUAUAAAAACGGUAAAUUAGAAUUUAUUUAUCGUAAAAAUCAGAGACUGCCGAAUGAUAUUGAAAAAUUGAAACAAAUUUAUCUACCUCAAUCCAUCAUAGAGGAAGCGGAAACCAUUGCUGCAAGAAAAAUGUUAUUGUCCCUCAAACUAAAAGUUCCAAGCACAUUUGGCAACAGAGAUUUAGUGAUAAGUGAAAGAAGGGUGGAUCAUUUAACUAAAAACAUCAUUAAUUUAUGCCAGAAAUCUAAAGCCAAUAACUGUUACAAUAUUGUAACGCUUGAUGACACUAUAGAAGACGGACUGCUACGUUUGAAUGGUGGCUUAGCCGGAGCAGUAGGCAAUUUGUUAGUUUACGAUCAAACUACAAAUCUACUUAAACUGACAGAUAAUUUAACAUCACAACAGACUGGAGCUAAGCUUGUACUAGACAAAUUAAAAACUAAUCUCAAUAACUGGCAUGAAUACAGAUUUGAGAUAAAAGCAAACGUACCAUUCCCGAAACUUUCGUUUGACAGCCGAGACACAGCAAAGGAGAUUUUAUGCAGAGUAGUUAUCUAUGCUCAACAAAGUAAUCAUAAAGGAGUACAAGAAUUAUUGAGGAACAAAAUUCAAGAGUAUCACAGUACCACCAAUCCGGAUGAUAUUCAAGUUGAUCCUGACUUGAUGUUUCAGAGUUACCGUAACGAAAUACUGAAGUGGUGGUUGUUGUCAGAAAAAGGCCCUUAUUUAACGAAAGACAGUGAUAUAUACCAACGAGCAAUAAAAAAUAUAGUCAUUGAGCCGCGGAUUACUUCCUUGCAAAUCACCUUUUAUAUGACUAAAAUGAAAAAUAUCGAGUAUACGAUAGAUUCAUUACAAUCGUUAAAUCCCCUUCUGGAAAACACAGAUGAGAAUGGAAAAAACAAAUUGGAUUUAACAUCUGUUGUUGUUACAGAUGUGACAACUCUGACAGCUAUAAAAGUUAUUCAAUAUUUGAGAAAAGUAGAACUCAAUAACUAUGUGGUUUUGGAUCUAGAAUCCAUUGUUAAACUGUCUAUUGAUGAUUUUUAUGAAAUGAAAACAGAAUUGAAAAAUACUAAAAAAAUACUUAUUAUUUUAUGCAAUGUCUUACUAAAAGAUAAUACUUUCUCUGACAAAUAUGUUGAAGACGUUUCAAAACUAGUAGAACAAAAACAAAAAAUUAUUGUCGUAAAUCAAGAGUAUGUCGAUGUGAUGAAGAAAUUAUUUAUUUCUGAUAUAAAAUUAGAAGAGAACAUAGAGAAACCUGAUACUAAAAUAAUUUAUGAGAAAAAUAAGUUAAUUGAUUUGAAUAAAGAAUCACAAAAGAUUAUAACAGAAAAUUGUAAAAUAUUGUUUGAAGGACAACUUAUUAAUUUAGAUUUAUUUAUUGAUGAUGUAUCUGUUGCGUUUAUAGAAGGUAAUGUGUUAAAUAAAAUUAUACAAAACGAACCUAUCGAAAUAGGCGAAUCACUCAAUGAUGAUAACUACGCAAAAAUUAAAGAUUUAUACCAAGAUAGAAGAGUGGAAUAUGUUAAAAGUCAAUUAUAUUUAGGUAGAAUUUCUAUUUCAACGGUGGAGCAGGAAGACUUUAAAAAUACUUACUCUACGAACAAUAUUCUACUAAAUCUAUGUAGUUAUUUUUUAAACAAAACAGAAAGGAACGAUAAUAAUAAUUUUACAGCCUAUAUAAAUGAAUAUUUAAGAAAUGAUGCAGCUCAGACGGUAGAACAAAAUGCACCUAAGCAUAAUAUGGCAUCGAAUGUCACAGUAGAAGAAACUGAAAAUGAUGACUGUAAAUACAAAGUAGAGGAAAGUGUAAACAAUUACAUAUUUGAGGAUUAUUGUAAUAUAUGCUAUGGUGAUAUUUCGUCAAUUAUUAAGGUUCAAAAUUGUUAUGUAAUUUUAGAUGAAGACGGUUGUAAACAUCACAUAAUUUUUCAAUUUGAAUGCUGCUUGGAUCUGAGAGACAUUAAAAGUCCAGAAAAUUUACGAUUGUAUGAUAUUAGAGAUAUAAACGGUAAGCCGACGAUUUGCUCCUGCUUCUCAUUCAAAAAGGAAGAAGUGCAAGGAAAGCUGUGGAUUGUAAAAAUAAAGUUUUUAGGGUUUUUAAAAGAUUUCUCUAAAUGGAAGACAAAUAAAACCAUGAUUGCGGAUACACUUUUAACACUAAAAUCGAUGUGCCAAAGAUAUAUUCUGAACUUUCUAAUACAAAACAAAUCUUCAGGGGCACCACAUGAGGUCUCUGAUAAUUUAAAUGUCGAAACAAUGAAUACUGUAUUCAAAGAAAAACAAGAUCCGGAAAAAGAAUAUUUUUGGUUUCGGGAACAUCCCACUACUAUUUUCGCCCAACAGAUGAGUUGCAGCAAUAAUAACAGUCAAAAAGCUUACAGUAAUGAGGUGACCACUGUCGACCAACAAACAAUUGAUGUCAGCCCAAAUACCGAAAAUAAUGUAAAAACUGAAGAUAUACAGGAAGAAUCGCACAUUCCUCAUAACCUUGAAAACAUCGAUGAUGACGAUGCUCAAAUGAGUCCAAAAGCCGUUGAUCAAGAGUCAGUCAAAACAGACUCUGAUUCUUUCACUCCAAGUAAACAAGAAGAGGAAAAUGUCAUCUAUACGACAGUUUCUUUAAAAAUGCUUAAACCCGGAGUCUUUACUGACGUCAUAAUCGGAUCUUAUGUUAUGUAUGAAAAAACAAAAUCUCCGGUUGUUUCAGAAUAUGAGUUUACUUCAAGCAAUGGCUCGAAAUUUCUCGUUAAAGGUACCCCACUUGUUUACAAGCCAGGAUUAACAAGCAGUGUAGGAUAUGUUGAUUUCCUUUUCCGUUUUCAUUAUAAUAGGAAUUGUGAAUUGAAAACCUUUAGUGAUAUAAAUGAUGACGUUGUUCAUGUGACCGCUCCGCCUGGGAUGGGCAAGUCAACUCUACUCACUCAUUUAGCACUUAAGACAAAGGAAACUGAUAAAACAGUUUGGAUAGUACGAGUAAACUUGCGAGAUUAUUCGACAGAAUUCAACAGAUGGCAGAAAGAUAUUAAUAUCGUAAUAAAUACUAUGGCAACAUUGAAAUUAUUGUGUCAAGUUGUACUAAAAGAUAGAAGCGUUACAUUUGAAUUAAAAGAAGUCAGCGACAAGAUGUAUUUAGAAGAGUGUUCAGAUAACAAUUUGUCUAGAUUCUAUUUGAACAUGUUUCUCCAUUAUUAUAACGAGAAAAAACUGAUAUUUUUAUUUGACGGCUUUGAUGAAAUUUGCCCUGAUUACAGUGAUGAAGUUAUACAAUUUCUAAAAGUCGUUAAACAUUUGCCUAGAAAAAAUAAAAUAUGGAUUACUAGUAGGUCAUACAACCCGAUGCCAUCUUUGCAGCGAAAUAUCGGUAGAGCGUAUAAAAUGCAAAGUUUCAGUAAAUCGGAGCAGACCGAUUUUUUAUCAAAGUUCUGGGAAAGAAAAUUCAUGUUAAAAAUACUCACUGAAAUUAAUGUAAAAUCAUUUCUAGAAUUCAUGUUAAGCAACAUAUCUGAAAUAGAUUACAAUUUACGGGUACUUUGCUAUCACUUUUACUCAUUAAUAAUUUCUAAAUUUCCAUGCCUUGUAGACGAAAUGAUCCAAAAUGUACCAGAAUUAAAACUGAAAGUCGAACAGAUGGAAAAUGUUUAUAAAGUUAUAGAGAAUCCAGCUAAUGGCCAUCUAAAACUGGAACUUGACCAAUUUAUGGGAACGCCGCUACUUUUGUGUCUGGCUGGAGAAUACAUCGUAAAUGAAGUCUUAAAUGCUCAGAAACUGGAGUGUAAAGGCAACUUUAACACCCUCACUAUGUACGAAAAGUUUGUUGAAAAUAACCUAAAAAGAAAUAUUCAUGAUAAAUACGGCAUGAAUAUUGAUGUGCCAUAUUUUAAGGACAAAUUCACAGCAGAACUAAAAGAGUGCAUGACUAUGUAUAAAAGAAUUGGAGCUCACGUUAUUUUUGGAAGCCCACUAUUUAGCAAGUUCAACUUUUGUUUCGAAGAAUUUAAUGAUGUGACGCCAUUUUGUUUUAAUGCAGCGGGUCAAAGUGCAGAAUACAGUGAUAUAAUUUCCCGCCUCAGAAUAGCCAAAGAGAAGACUGGUCUAAUUUCGUACGUUACCUUCGACUCCACCCCGAUGUUUAUUCAUAAGACAUUUGCUGAAUAUUUCGCAUUCGAGUUCGUAUGUGACGUGUUGAAAAGCCGUAACCACAAUUUCCGUGACAAAAAGCUGAUAUGGAUUGUGUUUCGAUCGAUAAUUUCCAAUGAUCCCGAUUCAACUAUAUUAAAUAAAUGGAUGCAAGAAAAAAUUAAAAUGGAUGACGAAUUCAAUGACGUGGUAGAAAAUAUACAAAGAAAUCAGGCGUUCAUUGAUAAAUAUGUUAAACAUGUACCAUUAAUAAAGAAAAAGUAUGCAAAUAAAGCAGGCGCGCUCCGCGACACUUUACUACAAUGCGCGUAUGUCGGAUUACUGAAUUCUUCGUUAGAAGACUUUGAAGAUCCCUCAUUUAUACAAAAUAAUAUAGAAGAUUACCUUAGCAGACGGCGGGAAAUUGACAAUGACUUGAUAAGUGUCAUGAAACCUCAUUUAAAAAAAUAUUUUCCAGGAUUUGUGUCUCGACCAAUGUCAGAACUCAUUCCAGUCUUAUGA